AUGGGCGGUCGACGACGAUCGGUCGGCGCGCUCGCGUCCAUCGCCCUUGUGUGGGCGUGCGCGUGCGCGAUCGCGACGAACGCGAGCACGAUCAUCGAGAACGCGGUGGCUGUGAAGCUUGAAAACGUGCGUUCGCUCGACGACGGCGCGCGCGUGACGCUGCGAGCGACGACGAACGGGUCGACGUACGAGAUUGCGUUACAUCGCGACUCGGACAUCGCGGUGGACGCGAGCGUGGGGGCGUGGGACAGCGGGAAGGGAGACGUGGCGCGGGACGCGGUUGACGCGCAGGGCCUGGAGUCUUUGCGAAGAUGCUCGUACGAGGGUGAAGCCACGGACUCGAGCGGGAAGACGCUUCGGGCGUUCGGGACGGUGUGCCACGGUCGUCUGCGCGUGGUUAUUCAGCCCCACGUCGGGAACGAUCUUCUGACGAUCACGGGGGACCUGCUUGGCGAGCGCUCGGAAGCCGUUCGAGCGCAGACGCAAGGGCGCAUGCUCGGGGUGGAAGAGAUCGACGUCGCCGCGGUGACGAUCGGUGAGUCUUGGCAUCUCUCCGAUGAGCUGGCGCAGUUCGCGAACAAUGCGACGGACGGUUUUGUGAUAUCUCCGGACCAGCCCAUUGCCUACGUGGACGACGCCGGCGCCGUGAACGCGAGUUCUGGCGUGCACUCCAGGAAGCUUUUGCAGUCCUCCGUCGCGUACGUCGAACUUGUGUUCUGGGGAGCGAAGGACUUCAUGAACGUGUUCGAUUACGAUGUCAACGCGUUUAUAGAGGAGAGUCUCUUGCAACUCAAGGUGGUACAAAACGUGUAUGACCAGACCAGUGGCAUGAAUCCACCGCUGAAGUUUGUGGUUAAGCAGUUUUUGUACACGGCUCAAGGCUCGAGCGAUCCUUGGGGCGUGUAUGCGAGCACAGAUUUGGGAAAUAUGCUAAGCGCCGCACAAGCGUGGAGCGAACGGCGACCUGAUGCGCUAAGCUUCUCCACUUGGGACUCUGUCAUCAUCACGACAAACCGCGAUUUGACUUUUUUUGGCGCCACUGGCAUGGCGACCGUUGGCUCUAUAUGCACUCUUCGGAGCGUCAGUACGAACGCCGUCACGAAGGGUCAAUAUGUUGUUGGCGGCAACACUAUCGCUCACGAGUUUGCUCACGUUCUUGGGAUAAUGCACGAUGGGGAUGCAGGUGCGGGCACGUCAUCGUGCAGCGGCAACUUCAUCAUGUCAUCCGCUCAAAGUGACGCAGAAAGUUUAUCACCCUGUUCGGUCGAACAGUACAACUCCGGUACGUUUCGAUGGGGUGGCCUCGUUUAUACUGUCGAUAAAUCCUGCUUGACUACGACCACGGAGACGUUCUGUGGAAACGGUAUCCGUGAGAAGGGUGAACAGUGCGACUGCUACGGUAACGACUGCGCCAUUGUUGAUCCCGCGUGUCAUGGAUCGAACUGUACGUUGGUGUCUGGUGCGGUUUGCUCGGUGCUACACGACAAGUGCUGCAAUAUUAACGGAACCGCCGCGGCUGCAUCUGGGACGGUCUGUCGCGCCGCCACUGACGCAAGCUUCAACAUUCCAUGUGAUGUUGAGGAAGUUUGCGACGGGAGUAGUUUUGCGUGUCCAGCAGAUAGCGCAGCGCCGAAUGGCAAGAAGUGCGAAGAUGCUCAGGGCGACGUUGGCGCCUGUUUUGAUGGCGUGUGCGAGAAUCGAGAUAAGGGCUGCAAAGUGAAAGGAUAUUACGGCGGCAAGUGGUGCAGCGCAGCGUGCGCGAGCUCCGUGUCCGGCUAUACCGCUGCGCCCUUUCAUAUAUUCGAUGAAUACACGUGCAGAGAAAGUCUGUGGUGUGCAGCGGGUCGGGACUCGUGCGAUGCUGGUCUCUACUUGUGGAAUGAUGUCAUGAGCAGGAGAGACGGCUUUCCAUGUUCGAAUGCGAACUUGGCUGGUACUUUCCCAAAAGUGUGCUACAACGGCGCGUGCACGCUGCUUAGUAGCGUACCCAGCUCAGAGUUACCGACGGCGCCACCGGUCUCGUCCCCGCCGCCGUCGCCACCACCUUCACCACCGCCGCCUUCACCGCCGCCUUCACCGCCUCCGCCGCCAUCACCACCACCAGGUACCAAGGCGCCUCCGCCGUCGCCUCCGCCUCCGUCACCACCACCGCCGUCGCCGCCGCCGCCGCCGGUGGUAGUCGUGCCGUCAUCGCCUCCGCUGAUUCUGGUAAACGAUAUGUACCCCCCACCGCCCGUGAUGUCCGCUGGUGAUGAUGUUGCAACCGCGGGAGAGGUUGAAUACGUGCGAACGAGCUGUAAGUUGACUGGUUACAGCAGGUCCGAUUUCCCUGCUCAACUUCCCGCGUUCAAGCGAGGCUUGGUGAAUUAUUUGGGUCUCACCGCUGGGAUCGACGGCGUGACGUUUCUUGACGCCACCGAUACUCGACGACGUAAGUUACUCAACGCGGCCACCGUGCGUGUCAAGCUGUUGCUGACUCAGUCGGACUCAUCGUCCGCCAUCAUCAGCGCUUUAAACACGAGCUCCCCCACGACGGCGGAUGCGAUGCGGGCAAGCUUGAAUGCGACGAUGCCGAAUUUAUCCGAAGUUUCCGUCACGGAGGCAACGGUGAUCGUCGCCGCCGUCGAUGAAACGUAUAAACCAUCCAAAGAAGAGGACGAGGCGAACACGUUUGGCUACUACUUCCUCAUCGCUUUGGUCGUCAUCUUCCUUAUGUCGCCACUGGUGAUGUUUCUCCUCGGGCUUUGGUACGGCCCGUCGAGCAAGUUGGGUCGCGUCGUGCUCGUCUUCAUUGGUGAGGAGAAAUUUGCCACCUUUCAGAAGAUGCUCUGUUUUCAGCGGACUGCGCAACAGGCUCGCGGUCCAAAGGUCAUGCAUAUGAUACCGCGCCGACGUGAGGCGCCGAAGUUCCAUCUUCCUUUCACGAAUGCGCGACCGCCGCCGCCGCCCAAGCGCGGCUUUUUCGGCCGCCAAACGUGA